AUGGAGGACGAGGAUGCGUCGCAACCACCGCAGCACCUGGCUCGCGAUCGACUCAAGCGUUUAAAGCAAGCAUGGCUAAACGAGGUUAACGCGCCAGAGCUUCUCCCUUUCGAGACCGACGCCGUGCGUUGGCUCCACGAUGCCGUGACUGCACAGAACGAGCAAGCUGAGGCCGGGGCCUACCAAGACUUGAACACCAAGUUUGCGUUUGCCAUUUAUCGCAUGGAGAUGGAUCGGAUACGAUAUCUCUUGUCUUCAUACCUACGCGCCCGCUUGCGCAAAAUUGAACAACACAUCUUCCAUCUGGUCCACAACGAAGACCAGCUUCGCCGGUUGUCCCCGCAAGAGCGUGCUUUUGUGAGCAAUUAUCGUCGGAUUUUGCAAAAUCACUUGGAUCAAGCCUUUUUGCAGCAAAUUCCAGGAGCAGCGAAGCCGUCCUGCAAUAUGGAAUUUUUGCUGACCAUGUGGCGCCACGCACAUGAUGACUUUCAUCAACCCUUAACCCUAGAGAACUUCCGUUCACUGAAUGAUCCACAAAUUAUUGAGCAGCCCAACCUGGAUCGUCAUGUGUUUUGCCAAUUCGAUGCCCCGCUCGACGUGUUGCCGCUCAGCGAGGACCCUGCAGACCGAGAUUUGGUCCUUCGCGAUGUUCGACGCGGUGACGUGUAUUUGCUGCGCUAUCGUGUCGUUCGGGAGCUGCUUCUGGACCAGACAGCUCACUUGGUGUAG